UUGACUGUGGUGAACGAUGCCGUGUUCGAUUUCUCUGGUCUGAUCGAUGUAUAGCUGAUCAGCUCGUCAGUCCUGUCUGCACACACGCGUGUGUUGAAAGCAAAGCAGCGGUGUUUCCUUGUACAGGGAGGAUCGUGUGUUUUGAGUUAUGGAGCUUAUAGUGCAGUCCCCAAUCCCAUCAGAAGAAAGCAACAUUUUGGAAUUUCAGUCGCAGCGUAGAAAAGCAGCAACACAUUUCACCAAAGCUUUCCUGAAGAACAGCCUACCCCAAUUGAAUGCUGAAGCCAUUGAGGAUGUGAUGCAACGCAAGGCCGUGGUGCUGGAAUAUAAAAGACCGAAUAAGAGGAAGGGAAAGAAAAGAAAGGCCAAGGGGCUCAAUGCCAAAGAGAGACGACAACUGAAAGUAUUCCAGCUUAAACCUGAACAUCAAAAAUAUGAACUGUUUCUACCUCUGCAUGAACUAUGGAAACAGUACAUUGUGGAACUGUGUGGUGGAUUAAAACCAGAAAGCAACCCACAGAUGAUCCAGCAGAAGUUUUUGAAAGCUGAUUUCCAUGGUGCCAUCUUAAAAGUUGUUCGAUCAAAAUGCCCAUCAUACGUGGGUCUAACUGGCAUCCUGGUACAGGAACUGAAGCACAUCUUCAAAAUCAUCACAAAAGAGGACAAACUAAAAGGUAUACCUAAGAGGAACAGUGUAUUCAGUGUAGAAAUUGGUGACUUUGUAACUCACAUCUAUGGCAGCAAGUUUGAACUGCGUUCCAGUGAGCGGUCAGCAAAGAAAUUCAAAGUAAAAGGAACUAUUGACUUGUAGUGGAAAGUCAUUGUAGAGAGGAGGAGGGCCCCACCCUCCUCCGCUCUACAGUCAUUAAUGUAAUUUGUAAUACUUGAUACUGGACAGUUUGAAGUGAAGACAACCAAUCCACAUUUCUUCAUCCUUUCAUUAUAGAUGCCUGUUUUUGCAUAUACCAUUUUUUGAAAAUAUAACUUUGUAUUUGAGGAAACACCAGUCCUUGUUUUUCCUUUAUGUUGGAAUGCCUUGUAUUUGGCUGAGGAUGAAACUACACUUUUAUUAUUCAAGGCUAUGAAAUCAGCCACUUAAUUUUAGUCUGACCAGAGGUUCCACAAACACUUCAUUAUGACCUCAUUCUGUCAACAAAGGUGUACUGAAAAGAAAAUAUCACUUCCGUAAGAACUGCUUUAAAUCUUUUUUUAAACAUGCUGAAAUCAGACUGUGUGACAGUAGAUUCAAUACAUUUAAAAAAUGUUUUAAAUGUAUAUUUACGUUGAAAAAUUUUUUUCAAUAAUGUGAGAUGUUCAGGUAGGUCAUACAAUUUAAAUGCAAAAUAAAAUACUAUAAGAGUAAUACUUUCUCCAGCAUACUAAGAUGAGCACUGUCGACAAGAUUUCCUGUUCAAAGUAUAAUGAGGGGAAUUAGUAUAGGACAUUUCAAUUUGGUGGUUUUCAUUGGAAUACAUUGUGUAAUUUUGUUUCUAUAUAUAUAUAUAUAUAUAAAUAACAAGGAAAUGUGUUUCUUCUCAGAGAUACUUGGUGUGAUACUUGAUCUUUGUUUUUCCCCGAUCAUGAAAUUUGUCUAUGCCCCUUUUGGAAUUUCCUUCCUAGAAAGGGCCAGAACAGGUUUUGCUGUUAAAUGAAUGACAGCUUGUCUGUUAAUAUAUAUAUAUAUAUACAAUAGAAGUCAGAAGUUUACAUACACUUAGGUUGAAGUCAUUAAAACUCCACAGAUUUCAUAUUAGCAAACUAUAGUUUUGGUUGUUCAGGUGGUCAUCCUAAAAAAAAGUCAUUUAGGACAUCUACUUUGUGCAUGACAUGAGUAAUUUUUCCAACAAUUGUUUACAGACAGAUUGUUUCACUUUUAAUUGACUAUAAUUCCAGUGGGUCAGAAGUUUACAUAUAUUAAGUUAACUGCCUUUAAGCAGUUUGGAUAUUCCAGAAAAUGAUGUCAAGCUUUUAGGCAAUUAGCCAUUUGGAGGUGUACAUGUGGAUGUAUUUUAAGGCCUACCUUAAAGCUCGUUCGCAAAUUGGGCUUCCAAAUGGACAAUGACCCCAAGCAUACCUCCAAAUUUGUGAUGAAAGUAAUACAAGCUGAAAUAAAUUAUUCUCCUAUUAUUCUGACAUUUCACAUUCUUAAAAUAAAUUAGUGAUCCUAACUGACCUAAGACCGGGAAUGUUUUCUAUGAUUAAAUGUCAGGAAUUGUGAAAAUAAAUUGUUUAAAUGUAUUUAGCUAAGGUGUAUGUAAACUUCUGACUUCAACUGUAUAUAUAUAUAUUAAAUAUCAUCUAAUACUUAUUUACUGAGAUCUUAUAAGAGUUCAUCAGCACUGUUUGAGUAAACUUAAAAACAAUUACUGGUUAUUAAGUACUGAAAUAACACAGCAAUGAACGUCACUCUUUGCAAAUAAAGUUCAUUCAUAAUUCUGUUGUGAAGUGUCAUUUCAGAGAAAAGAGGUGUGUUACAUUUAAUAACUUCUCCUUUUUUUGUCUUCUCUGAGUUCACUGUAUAAACAUUGUUGCAUCAAGGAUGUGUACUUCCUCUAAAUCAGAUUUACUAUACUCA